GUAUAAGCGGAUUUCGAGGUCGGGUGAAAGUCUAGAUCUAUCAAGCAACAAACCGGGUGAUAUCCUCUGUCCGUGGAUCAGACUCUCUUUCCACCACUGAUGCCUCUCCUCUUGGUUAUGGGCAAAGCAGCCUCUUGCAACUGUAGAUGAUAAAUGACGUGGCAGCACUCUAGACGUUUCUUGGACAUUAGUUACAAGUGAAGAAUCCUUCCUGCCUUGUUAUUGGAACUACAAAAGAGCGACCUGGGUUUAUUAGGGAGUUUCCCCCGGAGCGAUGAGAGUCGACUUUUGGUUUCCAGAGUUGGAUGUCUCGCUGAGCCUAUAUGAUAGGCACCGCUUUCUCGAUAAGACAUUGUUGACAUCUUGGAAAUGCUAUCCCAAAAGCGAGCUUUAUUGAUUGCAAGUCCCAUCCGUGGACUGAGAGGCCCGUUGAAUGAUGUGGAAACGAUCUCCAAAGUCCUUAGUAGGCAGAACUUUCAGAUAACUCGAUGCUGCGGUCCGGACGCAACCCGUGUCGGGAUUCUUACUGCAUGGCGCGAUCUAAUCGACGCAAGCACGGAUGGCGAUGCGGUCGUCAUCUACUAUUCCGGACAUGGCGGGCUUGUAGAGACACCGAAAUCAGACGCAGAUGAACAUUGGCAGUUGCAGUUCAUAUUACCAGUGGAUUAUGAUGCAAGCACAAGGAACGACUUUCGAGGGAUCCUGGACAUUGAACUGUCGCAUCUGCUGCACCAGACCACCGAGAAAACAGAGAACGUGACGAUCAUCCUGGACUGCUGCCAUGCUGGACGAAUGGCUCGUCAUCCCGGGCAUGGCCGGAGAGCAUUCCCUAAGAAGAUCCUUGAUUUGCAGCAUCACGACCUACGGCAACAUAUAGAACGGCUCCGCCAAACGGGGGAGCUUUCUGCGGAAUUGUAUCCUCUCGGUAACCCCAAAGCAGUGCGAGUUAUGGCGGCGGCUGCACGGGAAACCGCCUGGGAAUAUGAGAACGCAAACGGGGAAUGGACCGGCGCGUUGACAGACGCGCUGUCAGAUGCAAUUGACGAGUCCAGGGACCACACAGUAUCCUGGAGAACAACCCUCUUACGGGUGCAUGAGCUGGUAAAUAUUCAGUUCCCGCAGCAGCACCCUGUGGCGGAGGGACCAGACACCCGUCUCCUAUUCUCUACGCAGGAGAUUGCAUCAGGCGCCCUGGUUCUAAGAAUGGAAGGCGAUGAUCCAGUUCUCCAGGGGGGUCGCGUAUCAGGGGUUCGUGAGGGAAAUGUGUAUUCUCUCAUGCCCUUCGGACACGAAAUCCCAGAGAGUCGAUUCGCCAUUGGAAGAGCAACCGUCACCCAUUUGAACGGCUUCAGAGCGAAGGCAAGUCUGAGCUUGGGUUUGAACGGCGACAGAACCGACCUCCCACCUGCUGAGCCCGCGGAAGGGCCUGAAUACAAGAAACCCGGGAGUCCUCAGGGGGAUCCUUCUAGAAAUCACACAUCUGUCCCCCGUCCAAGUAGUUCCAGCAGGAGUCGGCCAGGCAGUAGACGUCGUCCAUAUGUCCCUACGCCCGCUCACGCUGACAGAGUCCCCAAAUGGAUCUUGUUGUGCUACCGACCUCGGGGCGGCGGUCUCUCCAAAUAUGCCCAUGUAAAAGUCACUAAUAUCUACCGCGAUAUGCAGUUGUUUCAAGCAAUGAAGUCAAAAUACAGGAGAAAGCUGGGUGUCCUCCGCAUUUUCAGGCCCGGCGUGGAGCAAAUUAAAUUUAUCGAGGUAGCUCUUCCAGCCCAGCAAGGACGGUGUAUAUAUCCCACGACACUGACAAGGAACCAGUUCGAACCCACCGGGAACAAAAAAGUCGCCGUAGUGAGAAAGAAUAAGUGGCCACAGAAGGAUGUUGCCGACUGGGAGUUUCAACGUUCAUCUUCGGCCUCCGCACGCAGUAUGAAUCUCCUCACGGACAGCAAAUAUCUUCUUCACAACUUCAAUAACCCUCACGCAAAUGAAGUCUGCAUGGAGGCACUGAAAGCCAGAUAUGCGAUAUUUAGAAAAUUCGGGGCCUUUUGCUUGUAUUUGCGCCAGGGACUCUUCCACUAUCUCUUAAAGCAAGACGCUUUAGAUUGGAGGGAGCUCCCAUAUCUCGCCCCUACAGCGCUGCUGCCCCCCAUCGGGGAGGCCAGAGUAUUUGCUUCCACGCCCAAGAAAGUGAGGGAAAGAAUCGAAUACAUCCCGGGCGUAGCAACUCGCUCGUGGGGGCUUAUUCUCGAGGAGAAGACGGGCGUACCUCAAUGGAUUAAAGCUGUCAAGGAGACUAUCACCAUCGGCAUACUGGCUUGCUUUGCCCUAGCAGCAACGCUCUUUGCCCAUAACUUGGUGCCCUGGCUGGGUCCUAUAGCGGUUCUCAUCCCGAGUAUUUUCGUUCUCAUCGGGUUUGCCUGUGAGCGUUUGUAAAACCUUUUACAAGGCUAGUGGCUGGUUGAUACUAUUUGUGCCUCUCUGCCUGUGUUUGUAACAUAUGAGAAGCCUUGAUCAUCAUAUUAACCUUCUCUCCCUAAAUGACAUGACAUGGAUUCGCAAGUAUAGACAAGAGCAUCGUAAAAAAUCCUCUUGCGCGGCCAUUCUCAACGCAUAUAUGCUUCGAUCAUAUCAACCAAUGCUGUGCCACUAGUACUAAGCAAAUUCAAAC